CAGAGCUUUUUUUUCCAUCUGGGAAUAUUGUUGCGCACGACGAAUGAGCACAUCCAGUUAGAAAAGUAAAGAAACUUCAAGAUGGAAAUGGCGCAUCUACCUCUGAGAUACUUCUUGGCUCUGGCCUUAGUGCAUGUUGUUUUUUCCUCUGGUGUCUUUGAGCUGAAGAUCCAUUCAUUCCACACGGCGCAGCGCAUCUGCAGAAGACACAGGGACUGUCAUAUUUUCUUUAGAAUUUGCCUAAAACACCCAGAGGAUGUGAUCUCUGCGGAGCCACCCUGCACCUUCGGGACCGGACACACCAACGUCAUCAGGGCAGAUCAUACGUCGAUCUCCAGCAGCGCGCCCAUCAGGGUGCCUUUCCACUUUAAAUGGCCGGGGACAUUUUCGUUGAUCAUUGAAGCCUGGAACACAGAAUCACCGACUGAGUACACAGAUAACCAGAACAACCUCGUGAGCCGCUUAGCAACCAGGAGGAGACUUGCCAUCGGCGAAGACUGGUCCCAGGACGUGCAUUUCGGCGAGCAGAGCGAGCUGCGGUACUCCUACCACGUCUUCUGCGACGAAUACUACUUCGGAGAUGGCUGCGCCGACUACUGCAGGCCGAGGGACGACACCCUGGGCCACUACACCUGCGAUGAGGAGGGCAACCGCAUCUGCCUGGAGGGUUGGAAAGGAAACUACUGCUCUGAACCCAUCUGCUCGGCGGACUGCAGCGAAAGACACGGCUACUGUGAGGCCCCAGGGGGCUGUACGUGCCGCAUGGGCUGGCAGGGCCCCUCCUGCAACGAGUGCGUCCGCUACCCAGGCUGCCUCCACGGGACGUGCAGCCAGCCGUGGCAGUGCAACUGUCAGGAGGGUUGGGGGGGGCUUUUCUGCGACCAGGACCUCAACUACUGCACCAACCACAAGCCCUGCGCGAACGGGGCGACGUGCACCAACACGGGUCAGGGCAGCUACACCUGCACGUGCCGACCCGGCUUCGGUGGCACCAACUGUGAGCUGGAAACCAACGAGUGCGACAGUAACCCCUGCAAGAACGGAGGCAGCUGCAAUGAUUUGGAGAAUGACUACUCAUGCACCUGCCCGCAGGGAUUCUACGGCAAGAACUGCGAGAUCAUUGCCAUGACAUGCGCAGAUGGACCCUGCUUCAACGGCGGCACCUGCGUGGAGACGCUGACCGGAGGCUAUACCUGCCGCUGCCCUCCCAGCUACACCGGCUCCAACUGUGAGAAGAAGCUGGACCGCUGCAGUAACAGACCCUGCCUGAACGGUGGUGAGUGUUUGGACCUCGGCCAGAGCAUCUUGUGCCGCUGUCAGGCUGGCUUCACCGGUGCCAACUGCCAGGUCAACAUCGAUGAUUGCGCCUCAAGUCCUUGCCAGAAUGCUGGAACCUGUCAGGAUGGUGUAAACGAUUACACAUGUUCCUGCACCCUGGGUUACACUGGCAAGAACUGCAGCGUGCGUUCAGACGCCUGCGGUGCCCGUCCGUGCCAGAAUGGCGGCACCUGCUUCACCCACUUCACUGGACCCGUGUGCCAGUGCCCUAAAGGGUUUAUGGGUCCAAGCUGUGAGUUCACACUACAGCCCAGUUUCAAGCCUGCUUUGCGACAGGCUGCCCAGCCUUCUUCCACCACCCUCACCAUUUCCUGCCUCUUGGCCACCCUAAUGCUGGUUCUAGUGGCAGCCAUCCUUUUCUUGAGGAGGAGGAGGAGGAGGAUGGAGGGAAGAAAGCAGCUGAGCGACAUCGCGGUGUACAACGACUUGGAGACAGUCAACAACCUGGGAGGGAGUGAGAGAGACGCUUUCCUCGGUCCCAACGGCCUGUUCAAGAUCAGCAACAGCACCGCUCGCCUCAGCCUGUCCCUCUGUCCCGAAGGCAGGUCCGGGUACCGGCACAACCCCGCGGAGAGCAGCCUGGUCAGAGCAGAACGCCCGGACUUUAUGUGGAGGGACGAGGCCAUGCUGGGCUCUGGAGCAGGCCUGAGAUGAAGCAGGGAGAAAUAUCCUUUUUCAAACGGAGAAAAAUAGAAAAAAACAAACAUUUUAGCACUUGUUGCGCCUCUCUUCCUGCAGAGUUCAAGGAGGAGCGAAUGCAUGAACCCAGACAGAUGUCAGUGUAGAAAACUCUAUUCUGACAAACGAAUUUCUAAUGAAAAUGAUUUCCGAAGACGUUUUUGUAAAAGUAUUUGGGGUUAUGCUCUUCCAUGUUUAAGAUCCAAAGAGACCCACUGUAGGACCUACAACACAAACCAAAUACAGGAAGACACAGAACUCUGGGGGAAAGCCCGUAAACAUCCUUCCCGUUUUUUCUCUUAAAUAUCUUCACUUUGUUUCAUCUUUUAAACAGAAUUUUUCUUUUGCUUUUCAAUCUUCCUUUGACCAUUAUUUCCUUAUUGUGCGUACCAUCAUUUUGUUUAGUUAAAUCUUUAUAUUAUUUAUUUAUUUGAAAACUUGUGUUCAUGGUUUCACUUUGUCACAGAUGUAGAGAUUUAUUUAUAAGAUGCUGAAUGAAAACCGAUGCUUGAUGUUGUAUCUGGAUGUAUAACGAAGCUGUGUGAAAUAUCCCAAAGAUAUGUUGUGUGGGGAUAUUUUUAAAAUAAUUGCUUUAUCACACAAAGUCAG